AUGAACGGGAGUGCGGAAAACUCAACGGAGGGGACGCCAGGGGAUGACCAGGCGCCUCUGUCCCCGGAGGUCACCGUGCUCCUUGCAGUGGUCAUCUCCAUCGCGGCUUUACUGACCAUCGCGGGGAACGUGCUGGUCAUCGUGUCCUUCAUCCUGGUCAAGGAGCUGCGCAUCUCCAGUAACUACUUCAUCCUGAACCUGGCCAUCACGGACUUCGUGAUCGGCGUGUUCGCCAUGCCCGUGUACGCACCGUACCUGCUCAGCGGGGUCUGGCAGCUCGGAGAGACCUUCUGUACCGUCUGGCUUGUCAUAGACUACGUGGAUGGUUCCGCCUCCGUCCUCAGCAUCACCCUCAUCAGCCUGGACCGCUACCUGCUGGUGACGAAAGCCAUCAAACACCGCGCGCAGAGGUCUCUGAAGAAGACGGUGGUCAUGAUGGUGAGCGUGUGGAUCAUCGCUUUCCUGCUGUACGGACCCGCCAUCCUGGUCUGGAGAACCCUGUCAGGCGUGGAACUGCCGGAGGGAAAAUGCUACGUGGGAUUCCACGAGAACUUCCCGUUCCUGUUCUCCACGGCUCUUGUGGAGUUCUUCAUCCCCUUCACGUCUGUGGCCGUGAUGAACUUUGCGACGUACUGGAGCAUCAGGCGGAGGGGGAAGCGGCUGCGGCGCCACGGGGCCAUGCGCACCAGCAACAUCCGCGGGGAACGGACGGGAAGAUCCACCGGGAAGCUGGCGAGAAAACCACAGCUGCACCUCACGGUCAGAACGCCGGCGACAAAGGAGAGGAGGCUCUCCCGAACGCACACCUUCCCGCCGGCACAGCAGGACAUCAAGAACGCCGCCAAGCAGCUCAAACUGAGCGGCGAGCCGCCGAGUCAGAGAGUCUCGGACCUCUCCAAGAACACCCGAGCGCGGGAGAAGAAGGCCGCCAGGGCCCUGGCUAUCAUCGUGACGACGUUUGCCAUCUGCUGGGCUCCCUACACCAUCACCAUGCUGGUCCGCUCACUCUGCAGGAGCUGUGUGAGCGACACCCUCUUCGAAUGGGCGUUCUGGAUGCUGUGGUUGAACUCCAUGUUGAACCCGUUCUUGUACGCGAUGUGCCACAUGCAGUUCAGGGAGGCGUUCAAGAAGCUGCUCGGUCCUUUCUUCUGCCGGUGCUGGAAAUGUGUCACCGGGGAUAAACUAAAAAAGCGUCCCUCUCUCACGGACAUCAACAAGUUACCCACGCCAGAGGACAAACAGAAAGACACAAAUGGAGCCAUCUAGCUGUUUGGUCCUUUCUUUGUGUCGGUGUUGGAAAUUUGGGACAAGAGGCAAACGAAAGCGUUUUCUCUCACGAACAGUAACAUCUUACCCUCGCAAGUUGGUAAGCAGAAAGGCAAAAGUGAAGCCAUCCAAAUUCUUGGUCCUUGUGAGCAGGGACAAUCACGGACAAUUUACAUCUUACAAUCGCCGAUGGGAAAAAAGGACGCAAACGACACAGCAGUUUGCGUAGACGACGCAGAGUGUAGCA